AUGAAUAUCUAUAACAACAACAACAACGGUUCCGACCCGUACUGUCCGCGGGAGUUGACCAACGAGUCCUACUAUUACUUGAUUAGUCACUAUAAUAAAAACAUCGGCGACGACAUCACCGAUGACGACGACGACGACUAUUAUUUUGAUCCAUCGAUGUUUGAUCCGUCAAAGUGUAACUUCAGCGACGGUGGUAAUCCUAUUUGGUGGAUAAGACCCGUCUGGAAUGUGGCCGCAAAAUCGGCGGCCGUACUGCCCGUUAUGGUUGUCGGUAUUUUCGGCAAUUUAGCUGUUAUUUGUCUUAUAUUGAAACUACGGCCACUGCGCCGAUCGCCAGUCAAUUUGUUUAUACUUAAUAUGGCUUUAGCCGACCUGUUGACCACAUUAUUUUGCCCAUGGAUAGCACUGGUAGAUAAUAUCUACCAAAUAUAUGUGCUUGGUUCAUUUUUUUGUAGGCUAGACGGCUUUAUUAAAAUUUUAUGUCUAUUGACGAGUGUUUUCUCAUUGAUGACAAUAUCUAUUGAUAGAUAUAUAGCCAUAUGUUUACCUAAUUUUCGGUUGUGUUGUUGUUGUGGUAGUAGUAGUGGUCAACAACACCAACAACAAUACCGUCGGCUAAACAAACGGCACUCAUAUAUAAUAAUUGCCGGCAUUUGGUUAGUGGCUAUUAUACUGUCGGCGCCGUUGAUUGUCUGGCGAUCCUAUCGUCAGAGACAAUGGUUAGACUUUUUAGAAAUAUGGUGUCCCGAAACCAAUACUAACGUUUCCAAAUACUAUUGGCUAUUCCUGAUGUUGCCAUUGGUUUACAUACCGUUAUCGGUGGUCAUCAUUAUCUAUGCGGUAAUCAUUGUCCGUAUGAAUCGUUUUGCCAGAAGACUGUCCGCUGAGGAGGAAAGUCAUGUUAAGCACAGAUAUCGGCAAACAUUGGUUCGGAUGCUAUUUCUUUACGUACUGACCACUAUUAUCUGCUGGUUUCCAUUGCAACUACUUGUCUAUUAUCGUAGAUUUCAUUUACAAUUAGAGUUGUUUGCAUCGGCCAACUCAGCCAUCAAUCCUAUCGUAACGUUUCGGCAAAGUUUUUCAAAUUUAUUGCCCAAACUGUUUGAAUGGCGUACUAAUAGUAAACGUAAAACUAUUAUUGGUAAUAAUAAUAAUAAACCUAAUCGUUGGCUACAAUCUCCCGGUGCUGGUGGUGGUGGUGGUCCAGCUAUUAUAUAUCCGGCACUGGUAUGGGCUGACGAUUGCUGCUGGCCGUCAUCAUCAUCGGUGAAACCAAUAUCAUCGCCGCCAUUGCAUACAUUAAAAUCUCAUCAUAGUAAUGGUGUGCACACACCUACAACAGGUACAACGGGCACAGGUAUUACCAAUAACAACAACACAACUACACAAAGCUAUACAAAACAAAUUUUGAUGCAAAGAGCACCUGAACUAUACUAUCGUAACGAAGCUUAA